AUGAUUUAUUUGAAACGGUUACGAUGUACUUGCAAACUAUGGCACAAUUUAUUCAAGGAUAAGAGAUUCGCAAGAAAACACUCCCGUAAAGCCUCAAGGCAAUCUCUGAUUCUCAUGUUGAAGAAUUUUGGGUUAUCUUCGAUGAGCAUCAAUCUACACAGAGUUUCACCUAUAGAGGUCACUGGUGAACUUAACCUAAUCGACUCUCAUUCUAGUUUAGAAUCUUUAGAUCACUACAGGAACUAUCAAAACUGUCACAGUUCAGACGGCUUAUUGUUAUGUGUCAACAAUGGUAUGGAAUCCUCCAUGGAGGAUAAUACUAGGCUCGUGGUAUGGAACCCGUGUACUGGCCAAACCAAGUGGAUCCAACACAGAACGAUGGGCUACAUCUGCACCUAUGCUCUUGGAUCCUACCAAGACAACAAAUCCGGAAAUAAGAGCUACAAAAUAUUGAGCAGGAUAUAUGAUGACCAAGAAUUCGAAAUUUAUGAGAUUAACUCAAAUUCAUGGAGGAUUCUUGAUGUAACUGUGGAUUCCUACAUGUCCAUUCAGAACGUGUCUUUGAAGGGAAAGACUUACUGGUUUGCUAGAGAUGAAAAAGAGAAACUGCUCCUAUUCUUGAUCUGUUUUGAUUAUACAACAGAAAGAUUUGAACGUCUAUGUCUACCUUAUCCGCAUCCAUAUCAUGGUUAUCAAAACGAGUAUCUAUCAGUUGUCAGAGAAGAGAAACUUUCUGUGUUACUACAACGUGAACUUACAUCAAAGAUAGAGAUAUGGGUGACAAAUAAGAUUGGUGAGACCAAAGUGUUGUCGUGGAUCAAGUUCGUAGCGGUGGAUUUGACGCCUGAGUUUAGAUUUGGCAUAAACUUCUUGGUCGAUGAGGAGAAGAAAGUCCUCGUGUGUACUCAAAAUAUUGUAUUAAACGGCAAAAACAUGGUAUACAUUGUUGGAGAGGACAACAAAGUUAGGGAAGUGGCUUUUGAAGACGAAUUCAAACCAUUCUUGUUUUAUUAUGUUCCAACUUUGACUCAAAUCCAUCAAGGUUAUGAUUAAGCUAUAAGCAAACAUUGUUUUUUUUUAGUUGGUUUAUUUCACUGUUAUCUUGGUCAUGUCCUUUGAAUACUCAAUAAAAUUAUACUUCACUAAAAAGUAGUAUUCAAUUUCCAUUGUAUUCUUUACUUUGUAACU